UUUAUGGACUGUAUUCUGUCAGGUAUGGCUAAAGUGUCCCUCGGUGCCACUGACUACGUCGUCAUCUGUGGACUCCUGUCCGUGUCUGUGGGGAUAGGGCUGUAUUACGCCAUCAGGGGGAGGAAAAGGGGUACCAGGGAGGACUACCUGUUGGGGGGAAGGCGUCUACACGUCCUUCCGGUCACGAUGUCUCUGUUUGUGUCGUACACAUCGUCGGCUUCAAUGAUUGGGCUGCCUGCCGAAACCUUCACGUACGGAUUUGUGUACGCCAUGUUUGCUGCAGGUUUAGCCGCUAGUAUGACCAUAUUCAUGUUAACAUUGGUACCGAUGAUGCAUAACCUGAAGAUAACCAGCAUGUAUGAGUACUUCUAUCGUCGAUUUGGGUCCUGGAGUUUGCGACUACUCAUAACAGUACUUGGGAUGCUGCAAAACAUUCUUCUAAGUGCCGUGAUUGUACUCGCACCUGCACUGUCAAUAGAAGCAGCCGCUGGUCUUCCGUUGAUAUCCUCUAUCCUACUGGUGGGAACGGUUGGAACAGUCUUCACUGCCAUUGGUGGACUACGGGGAGUGGUUGCUGCCGAUGGUUUACAAGGUGUCGUAAUGGUUGUUGGAAUAUUGUCAUCACUGUUCAAGGGUGUGUAUGCUGUCGGGGGGUUUGGGCCAACAUGGGAGAUCGCUGUACAAGGAGGCCGUGUUCCGUCUAUAGACUUUAGCCUCGAUCCUCGAGUCCGACACUCCUUCUGGGGCCUCCUUGUGGGAGGAACAUUUACCUAUAUGGCCUUCACGUUCGACCAAUCAGCAAUGCAGAGAGUCUUUUCUUUGCCAACUGCCAGACAGGCACAAAUGGCAUACGCGAUCAACAUCUUUAGCCAUUCCACCUACACACUGACAAUGUGCUUCAUGGGACUUGUGGCCUACGCUUUCUACACAGUGAAUAUGUGCGACCCACUCAAAGGUGGCUACAUCAAGAACAAAAACCAGCUGCUGCCCUACUUCAUCAUGGAAAUCUUCCAGGACAUCCCUGGUAUGCCAGGCCUCUUCCUUGCCACCUUACUCAGUGCUUCGCUCAGUACAUUCUCUUCAAUCCUCAACGGCCUUGCCACUAACACUGUAGAGGAUCUCCUGCAGCCGCUGUUUGACAAAUACUCAACAACAGAGGAGGUUAAACUCCUUGUUGCCAAAACAUCAGUGUUCUUCUUCGGAUGUAUUUCCGUUGGGUUAAGCUUCCUUGCGCAUUCUUUUCCUGGUACCGUCAUUCAGGCCGCCGUUGCAUUGGUUGGGGCCUGUGCUGGGCCACUAGUGGGUAUUUUCUUUCUAUCUGCAAUGGUUCCCUGGGCCAACAAACUGGGGGCUGCAUCUGGGGUGUUGCUGUCUCUAGUGUUGAACGCGUGGAUCACUAUCGGCGGCGUCCUGUACGGACGAAGACCUGUACCACUACCACCAGUCCCUGGUAACUCAUGUAUGGUUUUGGACGUCAACAGGACUGGGACAAACAUGCAGGUCUUUAAGAUGGAGGACAUAUCGAGUACCGCAGAUUAUUCAUCAACCAUUGCCUGGACCACCAUUGAAAGCUCCACCACGACUUCUGGUGACAACCCGCUCUACAACAUCUCCUACCUCUACUACGGCUUGAUGGGAUGGUUUGUGGCAUUCGUCGUAGGACUGGUCGUCAGUUUGGCUACAAGGCACAGAUACCCUCCACUGGCUGAUGAUAGAGUGUUGUUUCCUUUCAUAAGGAAACGCGCUAACGUAAGCGAAGCGGAUAAUCCAGACAAACGUGGAGAGAAGCUAUUUCAGAUGAAGCUGAUGCAUGAUGGGGAACGCCAAUAUGCGCCUGUGCCAAGUCAAUACUGAAGUUCUUCCAAAGCCACAAGUUAAAGUUAUAUCUUUGUAAAGCAUACUAACGUGUACACGUACAUGUUAUUGACAUUUCACGGAAAGGCACAUUGCUUACGACAAAGCCUUUCAGUGAAGAUUUCGCCAUCAGAUGCCCGGUAAGGGCCAUUCCAGAACAUUAAUUGUAGACAUUCCGAAAAAUUUUCUGAAAUGGACAAUCAUGUGGCUUGUCAACAAAACCAUCACCCCCUUUCAACAUCCUCACUUACUCGUACCUAUUGUUUAAUGCAAAUUGUGUGAGUGGCGGGUGCAGAAGUAGAACAAGACAUGCUUACGAUCAUCGCAAACACCUGGUCACAUCACUGAUUUUCAGUGAUCCGUUCAUAUAAUUACCACCACUAUUCGGGG